AUGAUUGUGUGGUACACUGUGAAGUGCAAUUCGUUCAGUUGUUUGGCGUUUUCGAAGGGGCAGGCACAGCACAAGACAACAAUGGCAAGACCGAUUAACGGAAACAGCGAAGUAGAAUCGAGAGGAAGGGUCCUCCAGGGCGGUGGUUACGMAAAUAACAACAAUAUAAACAACAACGGCAACAACAACAACGGCAAUGGAAACGGAAACGGAAACGGUAAUAAUAACAAUAACAACAGCAACAACAACAACUCAAACAAUGGGAACGGGCCUGGAGCCAACGGGAGAGCUAACGGGAAGCAAAGACUCACGGCAGCACAGCAGCAGUACAUCAAAAAUCUUAUAGAGACGCAUAUCACGAAUAACCAUGCUGAUCUGCGCCCAACAAGCCAUCCGGUGGAUUUUGAAGAGUACACGGAUGCGUUCCUGAGGAAGUACAAGGACCAUUUUCAAUUGGACGUGCCCGACAACCUCACUCUGCAGGGAUACCUUCUGGGCUCUAAACUGGGCGCAAAGACCUACUCGUACAAGAGGAACACACAGGGACAGCACGACGCAAGGAUACACAAGAAGGAUCUCGCCAACGUGGUGAGAAGGCAUUUCGACGAGCAUUCCAUCAAAGAAACAGACUGCAUACCGCAAUUCAUAUAUAAGGUGAAAAACCAGAAGAAAAAAUUCAAGAUGGAAUUCCGGGGCUGA